AUGAUAUUUACUCUUAUUUUUAUGAGAAUAAUAUUUCUCAUAUAGCUUAUAAAGAUUGGUAAUAGUUAGCAAUGGCAAUUAGUUAAAUAGUUUUGCAUGAAUACUAAUACAGAUACUGAUUGUCAAAUAUCUGCUUCACCUUUUCAAGCAAAUACAGAUUUUACAUCAUAAUAGUGUGGGGCUCAUUAUGUGCUUGAAAGUAUUAGCUCUAGCACAACUUUAAAUGCUAAUAUCGAUAUUAAGGAUGCUGGUGGCAAUAAAUUGACACAUUUUUAAAUUAGAAUAAGCUUUAAUUAUUUUUAAAUAGAUGCUCAUUGGCAAGGAGGAUUUAUACAAAUUGUUUUAGGAGGCAAUAUAUAUAAAACACCACCUUUUAAUUCAUCUUUAGGUGGUAGUCUAAUUUGUGGAAACCCCGAUUAAAGAGAUAAUUAAGGAUUUUUUACUCAAGAUAUCACUCACAGUGAUGAUACUUUAGAUUUAUAAAUUAUGGAUCUAAUUGAUAUCCCAAAUUCUGGAUUUACUGGAAUUUGGGCCAUUUAAAAUUUGGAAAUUUAUGCUUUUACCUGCAGUCCAUUUUGCCUUUAAUGCCAAACUGCUACAACCUGCUAAUCAUGUCAGCCUAAUAUGUAAUUGACAUCUACAGGAUUAUGCAUUUGUAAUUCUAAUUAUUAUUUUGAUAAUGCAACAAAUAUGUGUUAACCAUGUGAUGCUUCUUGUGCAACAUGUGUUGAAAAACAUGAUAAAUGCCUAACUUGCCCUAUAACUAGUUAUUUUUGGUAAAAUUAAUGCCUAAGUAACUGUGCUAACAAUUAAUAUUCUACAGGGAAUAUAUGCUAUCCUUGUGAUGCUACUUGUGAUACUUGUGUAGGCCCAUCGCCUUCAUAAUGUAAAACGUGUUCUGGUGCUUUAUAUCUAGAAAGUGGGAGUUGUGUACCCUCGUGCAGUUCAUAUUUUUACCAAACUGCAACUGGCAACAAAUGCUUACCAUGCUUUAGUAAUCUUUCAAAUGAUAACAACCCCUAAAGAUGCUUUAGAUGCUUAGGAGGUUCUUCCACUGAUUGUACUAAGUGUGCAAAUUAGACGUUUUUAUAAUUAGUUAAUUAAUCUGACCCUACAGGUACUUGCUAAAACUAAUGUAAUACUUCUUAUUAUCAAAGAUAAUCUGAUAAUACUUGUUAACCUUGUGAUGUUUCUUGUACUGCAUGCUAAGAUAAUUCAUUAAAUUGCUAAAGCUGUGCUCUAGGAUGGUUUUUAAAGGGAAAUACUUGUGUUCGAACUUGUGGUGAUCCAUAUUAUUAAAAAGAUGGAAAGUGUAUUAAGUGUGAUAUAAAAUGCUAAAAAUGCUCUCUUGUAGGUAUUUCAGAGUUUUGUGACCUAUGCUAAAAUGGAUAUAAAAGAAACGAUGAUGGAACUUGCUAAAAUUUAUGUGCAAAAUCUAAUCAAUAUUCAGAUAAUCUUGGAAUUUGUAAAGAUUGUGAUAGCUCAUGUGCUAGAUGUACAGGGCCAUCUAAUAUAGAAUGUACUCAAUGCAACCCCUCAACUUUUCUUGAAGACAACUAAUGUAAACAUUCUUGUGAUCAUAUAAACCAUUGGCCAAAUCCUAAUAAUAAUAAUUGUGAUCCUUGCGAUACAACUUGCAGAAGUUGCAGCGGAGGAACCAGUGAUAAAUGUUUAACUUGUGAUGGUUCUUCAGGAAAUGAUAGAUACUUACUUAUCGUUGGAGGAGCUUCUGAGUGCGUUUUAUCAUGCCCACAUUUUUCUAUGUAUAUGGAUAAAACAGAUCCAAAUAAUUUUCAGUGUAAAAAUUGCGAUAGUACUUGUCUCGCUUGUGGUAAAUAUGAUUCUACAUUUUGUACUGCUUGUUUUUGUAGCCCUGCUUUAAAUAUGACUAAUUAAUGGUGUGAGCAAAAUUAAAAUUAAGCAAUGAGGUUUUUUCACAAUAAUAAAUGCUUGGCAGUAUGUCCAAUAGAAGGUGGAGUAUAACUUUAUGGAAACAGGAAAACGAUGACUUGUAAUCCAUCAUGCGAACCUGGAUAUUAUCCAAGUAGUUCAACUUUUGAAUGCACAAAAUGCGAUCCUAGCUGCACUCUUUGUACAGGACCAAAUCCAUCAACAGAUUGCUAAGCCUGUGCAUCUGGCUUUUUCAAAAGUACCACAGUAAAUGGAUGUUUUACUUACUGUUCCUCUACAGAGUAUAAAGAUAGUCCAACUAAUUCUUGUAUUCCUUGUAAUCCAGCUUGCUAAGAAUGCACUGGCCCUAAUCCAAACUAAUGCCUUACUUGUAAACCGACAGAUUAUUAAUUAAAUACAAUUUGCUAUCAUUAAUGUCCUAAACCAUAUUGGGGGCGAUCAGUGGAAGGAGUAUUAACUUGUUUAAGUAAUUGCUACCCAGGAGAAUAUGGGGAUUAUUAUGAUCCAUUCAGGAGUUGCAAGUAAUGUAAUAGUUAAUGUUAAUCGUGUUAUGGAGGUUAAAAUAGUCAAUGUUAUACCUGCAGUAGCUCUUACUUUUUGUUAUUUACUACUUGUGAUAAAUGUCCUAUUAGCUAUUAUGGAGAUACUAAUAGUAGAUAGUGUGUUUAAUGUCACCAGACUUGUUAAAGUUGCUAAGGAUAAUCAGAUAAAGAUUGUAUUUCGUGUUAAAUUGGAAGAUUCCUUUUAAAUCAUAUUUGUUAUGCUUAAUGUCCUAGCGGUACAUACUCUGAUUCGAUUUCAUAAACAUGUGUAAAAUAAUGUCCUAAGAUAAAUUAAUAUCAAGAUGAUAUUGAUAAUACUUGUAGUUAUUGCCACCCAAAUUGUAAAACAUGCACUGGCCCAACAUAAAACUAAUGUUAAACAUGCGAAACGGGCUUCUAUAAAAACGGAACUUCCUGUCUAAGUAUUUGUCCUCCUGGUUAUUAUUAAGAUUCAGUUAAUUUUGUUUGCCUAAAAUGCAAUGGAGAGUGUGAUACAUGCUAUGGUCCAGAUAAAAAUUAGUGUUAAUCUUGCAAACUUCCAAGAAUAUUCUAUCUUAACUAAUGUAUCACAUAAUGUCCAACUGGGUUUUUUAUGCACCCAACGUCAAAUAGUUGUGUUACUGUUUGCCCUAAAUCGUACUACCCAGAUACAAAUUCCGCUCAGUGCCUUCCUUGCCAUAAUUUUUGCAGUACUUGCUUUGGAAGUGGAAAUACUAAAUGUAAUACCUGUAAAACACCUUAUCUUUAUAACAACAAUAUUUGCUCAGAAUCAUGCCUACCAGGCUCUUAUCCAAAUGGUUAGGGUAGCUGCAGCGAUUGUGAUAAAUCAUGCUAAACUUGCUUUGGAUCUACAAGUUAGAGUUGUAUCACAUGUAGAAGCGGCUAUUUUAAAUCUGGAGACACCUAAUGUGUCUCAGACUGCUAAGAUGGGUAUGUGAUAGAUUAAAGUCUUUAAAAAUGUGUAACAUGUCCAAGCUCUACGUAUUAUGAAAACAAAGAGUGCAAAUAAUGCCAUCCAACUUGUUUAAGCUGUUUAGGACCUGCCGAAAAUUAGUGCAUUAAAUGCAUAGAAUCUAGAGGAGUUGACAACUCUUAAAAUCCAAUUCAUGGAAUUUGUGAGUGUGCUCCAGGAUAUUUAGAAGUAAAUUAAGUAAAUUGCUAAAAUAGUAGUGGUACUUCUGCAUAGACAACUGCUAUGACUUCAUAAGUUGGAUUUUAUAUUGGUGAAAGUGUAGGCAUGAUAGAUUAUAUAGUUGGGUUAGGGCCAUUUUAUUUUUUCAAUUUAAUGGAUUUUUGCUAAUUUAUAAGUUAUUUCUAGUAUAUUAAUAUAAAAUAUCCACUUAAUGUGAAAGAUUUACUAGAAAAGCUAUAUCUGUCUCACUUUACAUCAAUUUUAGAAUCUAAUUAAUAAGUUACCGCAAAUAAGAGAUUGCUUAGCUCAGGAAUUAUAGAAUAUGAUAAUCCUCAAUUGAAAUUUAGCAUUAACAAUAGAAUUUAUCCUUUGAGAAUCGUUUUUCUUCCAUUAAUACUUUUAAAUUUUUGUGUUUGGAUAUUUAUGGGUUUUAUAUCUUUCCUUGGAUAGUAUCUUAAAACAAAUAAUAACAAGAGAUUUUUGAUAGAAAAGAUUAAAAGCUAUACUAAUUAUUCUUUAGGCUUACAGAUCUUUAUUAGGACAUUUAUGGAAUUGAUGCUGUUUUUAUUUUUAUAAGCUAAAAUGAAUAUUUGGGACUCCAUGGAUAUAUUUACUAUAAUUGUUGUUGCUUCCUAUGUGUUGGUUCUAAUAGGAUUUAUAGCAAAGCAAUCUUUUAAAGAUUCAAAAACUUAGUAGGUAUUCGAUGAAAAAGCUGUUGAUGUAAAUGUUUAAAAGAGCAUUUAAUCUUAUCCUGUCAGAUGCUUAUUUGAGGAUAAGAAAGAAGAUAUUUUUUCCAAAAAUUUUGUAUUGUCACAAUUAAUUUUUAAAGUUAUCUUCACAGCCAUAAUUGUUUUUAUCUUAGGAAAUCCUGAAAUUUAGGCUUUGGGAAUAAUUGUAGCAAAGUUUGUUUUCUUUGGAUUUUAUUUAUUAGUAAGACCUUAUAAAUAAAUGCUUGAUAAUAUUGUCUUUCUUCUUACUGAAUUAUUCAUGCUUGGUGUUGCAUUUUCAGUUUUCAUGCUGAUCAAAUAUUCCAACAGCAGUAACUCUCAAAAUUUUGGCUGGGCUUUACUAGUGCUUAUUCUUUUAGCAGUGCUUUUGAAUCUUGUUGCAUCAAUUCUUCAAUUUUUGGUUUUUGUUUUAAGAAAGUUUUGUGUGUCUGCCAUUAAAAAAAGAAGAGUUGUAGAUGAACUAGGUGUAGAGAGAGAAGAAGAAGAACUCUCAUCAGAUGUUUAAUAUAUCACUGAAAAUAGCAAUAAAUAAAAAUCAAAAAAAUAAAUUCAAGUCGACAUUUCGAGUUAGUAUUAGGACUAGAUUCAGAAAGACUAUAUUUUUAAUUUUAACAAUUCUGGUUUAGAUUAAAUAGUUACAAGAAUAAAUAAUUCCAAUAUUAUAAAUAAUUAGAGUAUCAUUUAAAGAUAAAAUGUUUAAACUACAGUAAACUUUACAGAGUAAGAUGAGCUAUUUAAGAAGCCAAGAGCAAGAAAUAUUAAUAUCGAAAAUGAUUCACCAAAAAUAUAGUAAAAUAAUAUACAGGACUAAGAAAAUACAGAAUAAAAAGAAAUAAGAAGAAGCUAGUAAAUAUAAAAACCUUUAGUACAUAAUAUAGCAAUGAUAUAAAACUAGCUAGAUAGAGUUAUAAAAAUAGAUAAGUUGCAGGUAUAUGACGAAUCAGAAAUAGAAUAGAGUUUAAAUAAAAAGUAAAGUGAAUAAAUUGACUACCAAUAAAUUAACCUUGAUUAAAACGAUUUGAGAAAUAGUGCUAAUUCUUCUUUAGUCAAAUGGAGAGAUAACAACUAAAGUGGAAUAAUGUCUGACAGAAACUAAUUAGUCGAUGAUUUACAAAUUCAAUCAAGAGUUAGAAAAUUUAUAGAUGAAAAUGAAUAACAUCAAAAUAAAUAAUUCUAAACUCCUAUUCACGAAAUGAGGGAUUAUAGGGAAGAAUAACUAAAAUUAUAAAUGGAUUAUCAAGAUAAUUAAAUGUUAUAAAAUUAUAGAGAUGGAUUAGGAUAUUAUGAUUUCCCAUAAAGCUAUGCCCAAGGAAUAAACUAAAAACCAUAAAUGAAAAAUCCUUACAGUAAUAGAUAUAAUUAGCCAGAGUAAAAUGUAUAAGGAUAAGGAUAGAGCUAAAAUAAUUUUAACAUAAAAAAGUUGAAAGCUUUACCUGGAAUUGUUAAAAAUGAAUUCAUUAAUUCUUAAGAAACACCAAUCAUUUUAAACAAUAACAUAGCACAGUAGUUGCCUACAACAAACUCAUAUAUAGUACCUCAAUUUGGAUAGAAAGAUGAGAAUGAUAAUUAAAAUUAUAUAGAUUAAUACUAAGGAUAAACAUAUAUGAAUUAGUUGUAAGAAUAAAAAGGAUAGUAAAUUUAAACUGAGUAGUAGUUCUCGGAAUAACAACAUAAUAAUGGUCAAAGCUUCUUAUAAAACUUGUUACAAAAGAAAGUAAAAAAUAAGCUUUAAAUAAGUGAUAAAAAUAAAGAUUUGAAUGCAAACAAUUUAAAGAACUUUAACCAAGAUAAUAUUAGGAAGAAUAGCAAUUAAAACUUUACUACUAAAGAUAAUUUCGAAGAUAUAAGAGAUAACUUAUCUAUAUAAUAGUAUAAUUUUAAUACUAACUAAGGUGAAAACACUAUAGGUUAAGACUUUGGCAUGACUAAUUAUUAAUCACAUAAAAAUUCUGUUUUCAUUAAAUAAUAAAACUAAAUAAAUGAGUAGAAUGGGUAAGUCAUAAAUUUGGACAAUUAAAAUUACGAGCAUGAAGAAGAUUUCAAUAUGCCAUAAAAUUUGUAAAAGAGUGACAACUAAAACAUUCAGUUAAAACUCUCUCAAAUUGCAAAGGAAUCUUCAAUCAAAAACUCAUAAAUAAAUAACCACAAAAGAUUAGACAAUAAAAUACAAAAACCCCAAACUCUUAAAGAAGAGUUAAAUAUGAGCUAAGGAAAGUCUAUCCUAAAUCAAAAUACAAGCUUGUUAUAAGAAUUUUAAAAAUUGCAGGAAUAAAAAACUAAAGUUAGAGAAUCGUAGUUGAACAUUCAAAAUGCAAAUACCCAGCAGAACUUUUACCUAGAUAGAAGCUAAACAUCUUAGAGUCAAAGAAAGACAAAAACUAAAAUCAAGAAAAUAUAACCAUCUCAUAUUGUUUCCUUUUAAAGGUAGUAACCAAAUUAUUGA